AAUUAUUUGCUUGCAAUAAUUAUCAAAUAUUUGGUCGGCAAAUAUUCACCAAAUUUUAGUACUUAUUACCAAGUUCUUUUUCAGAGCAGACUUAAUGUAGGACUAAAAUUUCGACAGAGUCGAAUAAGGAAAGGGAGAAGCCAUCCCUUCGAUCUUCUUCGAAGAUUCCUUCCAUUCGCUGCUGCCUUCUCAUCGUUUUACUAAAACUGAUCGAUGCCAUUUUUUUUAACAACUAUCAAAAAUCUGGUAAAAAAUGGGGAAAGGUUGAUUUACGUUUCGGAUGAAUUAUUUCGAUCGGCCGUUCAUUUUGAAUGAAACUCGCAAGUCUCGCGACUCCCGCUCGAUCCCGUGCAUUUUGCUCGAAGUUGCCACCUCCUAAGAUAUGUAUUCUUUUUCAUCAGUAUACAAUGUUAAUUGCUUAUCCGGUCGUAUGUAGGUCGUAGCAAUAUAUUUCUCAACAUAAACUCGUUCUCCGCAAUUAGCAAUUACUGACACUCUACGAGGUACCAAAAUUUCUCUCGACGCUUUCCUUCGAUUGUGUCUUCUCGAGAGUUUUUAGUUGACUUCUCUAAUUUACCCAGUUUUAUUUGGGACGUACGAUUCCAAUUAUUUGACUUUACUAACUCUGUGGUAGGUCUCCGUUGUUCUUUUCGGAGAAUUCUCAACACAUUCUCAGGCACUUUCAUCACAUCCUGAUGACGUUUUCCACGUCUUACAUAAUCGCGAAUUUCUCCGCUCACUCUCUACCGGGUAUUCGGUGCUAGCGGCCGAACCCGAACAACGCAAAAUCGAGGAGAGAAAGUGGGAAAUAAACGGAAGGAAAAGAGAAAAAGAGAGAAAGAGAGAGAGAAAGAGAGAGAAGGGAGAAAGCCUUUGGAAAGGCGCAGGAAGGCGCGAUUCUUAUGCGGUCCGUCUUCUCUCUUGGGAUGCGGCUGUCUCGGCCAUAGUUUUUCGGCGCGUUUUCCAUGCGACGAGACCCGGCGAAAAUAUGAACGAGAGACUUACGAGACGGUGAGAGGGGAAAGAGAAAGUCGAAAAGAAAUCGCUGACUAUUUUCUAGCUGACUAUACGUCCCUACUGAAGCUGAAGGCGCCCACGUGGACGCGGCACGAUCUCCAGGAGGCGAUCGAGGCCGUGGUGACCCAGAGGAUGCGCUUCACCCAGGCUUCGACCAAGUACGGGAUCCCCAAGGGCACCCUCUACGACAACAUCCUCGGCAAGUCUAAGAGGAUGAUGAUCCUGGAGGAGGCCGGCCUCAACCCGAGCGAGGAGACAGCGGUGCUCGAGUUUUGCUGCGACAUCAGCGUUAGUCCGUACAAUCGGCGCACCAAGAAGUCCCUGAACGCGAUACUGAACUUCGUCGAGCAGCUCAAGCAGAAGCGCGACCCCAGCUUUAUAUUCGGUGGCCUGUCGGGCUUCCGCUGGUGGUGGGCCUUCUGCAAGAAGCACUCGAUAGUCUCGCUCUAUUUCAACGACGACAACGAGAACGAGUGACCGACAGUCAAGGCCGAAACCGGGGCCGACGUCGACUCUUAGCGCUGGUCACGCCGACUUUUCAGAUUCGUUGAACGAAGAGACGUGGUGCGAUAAAAUCAGAUUGUUGUCGAUUGCCCUUGCGCGUAUUGAUCAAUAAAUCGGCAGAUAAAGCAGAUCGCACAUUAAAUUACACGUGGAAAUACUAUUCGCACCGUGAUACAUGAUGUAAAGUAAAUCUUAUUUACGCGGAAUUUUAUAUAUCGAAAUUCGGGUUAGUGCGGAACACGGAGAAAAAAGAUUGGUUGGAAUCAACGUGACGUCGAAACCGAAUGAGUUUUGAUUGAAGGGGACAGAAUUUCCCGUCCUUGAAACCGAGUUUAGUUUGUACACGGAAAUAAAAGUUCUGUUCUGAAUCGAUAAAAUUUUCAACAACAGUGUGAUUGGAGUAAAUCUUAUUUAUGGGAAAAUAUCAGUGAAACAACUAUGUUAUAUAUAAUAUAUAUAAUAUAUUGUUACAAUAAUUAAAGUAUUAGUCUUGUGUUCGUCCAGUUUGAUUCGAUAGUUUUAAUAACAUCGCCGCUGAAUCAAGAAAUUCCACUCGAAUCACGCAUUCUAUUCGAAAUUCUAUUGAUUCAACAGCAUUAUUCUUUUUUUGUGUAAAAACUAGCAAUUAUAUUUCUUUCGGGAAACACGCUCGAUUCGUUCGUUGUCAAGUUUAACCAAUCUCUUUUUUCCGUACAUAUUAAACCUUCUCGGUGCAUUGCCAGGAAUAUUCCAGAUUGUGACCGCAAAGGGUUAGUCAGCUUUGUGCGCUUUUAUUUCAAAGUGUGACACGAAUAUGAUAUUCGCCAAUUGAUAACUAGUUUAUCGAAGUAUUGGAAAAUUUGCGAAAAUGCGCUGCACAUUUUUUUUCUAUUGUCCGAUCAUCCACUGUGAAACGAUAAACACUUUGGUCUCCUUUCCGAUCGAUAAUGAUCUUUGUUUUCGCGAAUGCAUGUGUAAUCGGCCAGCGGAGAUUUUGCCGCCACGUCUCUCCCGAAUUCGCGACGGCUGCCGCGAAGAUUGCCGCUCGAGAAUGCAAUGGCGAGACCGGGACUUUUCCCUUUGCCUCGCGGGCGACAGGAAAAAUUGUGGAAUAUUUAAUGCACCGACGACAACGGGUUCGGGGGCGACAUUAAGGCAAAGGGAAUAAUAAGCUCGGAUUCGCGAACGACGUGCCGUCACGUCGCGCGAUUUUCUGUGCAACCUUUAUUCGCUCUCUCUUUCCCGGGCGAGAUUCGCUCUCGCAUUCUCGAUCCACGAGGCAGCGUCGCGAUUUUAAAGGUGACCAGCGCGCGUUUCUGAGAGAGGCCACCGUUGCUCGAUUCGACGCGGUUUGAUCGCGAGAUCCAACGCGAUUCACGUCGAAAUCGCACGAUAAUCCAUCUUUCAAAGCGGCGAAUUACGUAAACUUGUGAUAAUGGGAUAAUUACGUGUUAUUAUUGUGUACAACGACGGAGGAGAUAUCUUUCAGAGAUAAAAACUUUUUUUCAAGUUUCUGCACGAAACAAUAAUCAUAUCAACGUCAAUCUCUUCGCUCGGGGAAUUCUUACUUCCUCCGCGAAAUCGCAGAAAUGGAUUAUUCGACGUUUUCGAUGACGGAAUCGACGAAUCUCUUUCGAUCCAUCCGAAGACUCCGAAAGCCUUCCGAAGUUCAAUUACUUCGGCACGAGUACGAUCAACGUCGUUCUGCGACUUGGUGAUGAAAAAAUUAACCGACUUUGGCCAUUCUCGUUUCGAGACGAUGUGUACCAUCGCAAGCGACACGUUCGAACAUCUCCGCGAGCAUUGUUUUCUCUUGGUUUUCCUUUUCUUUUUUUUUUGUUUAAUUUUUUUAUGUUUCGUAUAUAUCCGACUUGCGCGACUCGUGCGGAGCAUGCGCGAGGAACUGCACGAGCGACGCGCAAUCCGUAGACUUCAACGCGGAAAAUCGCUGCACAAGCAGUAUCGCGGAAGAAUUUGUCGGCUAAUUGAAAAUCGAACGCCCGUUUCGCGUCGCGCGAGCACUCGCGCGAAAUAACCGCGGUAAAAUCGCGGGAUUUUAAUGGGCAAAAAACGUCUGCGUUCGAUUAAAUUUAAUAUCCCGCUAGGAUCGAUUGCAUCAACGGCGAUUAGCAUGGUUAUCCCCCUGCGACAAUGUUUUCCGGUCGUUUCUCCUUCGUGUGCGACGCUUCUGAAGUAAUAGAAUCUCGACGACACGUCGUACAAUAAGAGAAGCGAGUUAAUUCAAUCGCACUUGUAUCACGCGAUUCGCGCACUCGGGAAGGAGCAAAAUAUAUUCGAUUAAACAAGCAACGGCACGAUAACGUAUUAAAUUUAUUCCAAUUAGUUUUGUUUUAUUCAUUCUCUGUGGGGAGAAAGGGAGGAAAACAUUAAAAACAGCUGCGAAGCAGAUUUUUGGGCAAUGUAAGUAACAUACCUUGAAAAGUCGGUAUAUGUGUUGACUCAAACAAAAUUCUUGCUUGGACAUAAGCAAACAUUUGUUUUGGUUGUGAGAACCAAAGUUUGGUUCUUUGAAACGAAAAUGAAAAAGAUUCGCUUUCGUUUGAGUCAACUAACUGGGUUUGUAUACUUGCAAUUCGAGUGUAAAAAUUUGUCAGUCUCAUGUUGUAUGUCCAACAAAGUAAAUAUUAUUAUAUAUAAAUAAUUCGCGUAUCUUUGCGUUAAUUAAAGCAAAAUAUAAUUAGCCCUUUGCGCGGGAAAUUCGAUAAAUUCGUAUCGAUUGAAAACGUGAGAAAUAUGCACGCACACGUGCACAGAAUAUCGCCGGAUUUGUUCGGACGUGUCGCUGAUUUCGGGGACCGUGCGAGUCGCGAGUUUUGUGAUAUCGUGCUCGCGAAUCACGCGCGAUCUGACGUACAAUGUAAGUUCAGUGCCUUCCAUUCAUCUUCCGUCUUCCACGUAAUGUUAAUGAGCCGAGGCAGAAAUGCGCUCUCGCCUCCCUUUCUAUAUAUAUAUAUACAUAUAUAUGUAUAUAUCAUUUUGUACAUAUAUACUUGCUGACCACCGUGUGUAUGUGUCUCGGUGAGUCGGCGGGAGGACCAAACGUCGCCGGGAUCCAUCACGGACGGAUCUCUUGCGGCGUCUCCUGAAAAGAUACCUUCUUUUUCUACAAAUAUUAAUUGUUACACUAGCGAGCGCUUAAGUUAUUAACAGUUGCCAUGUCGCGUUGCACGCGUCGCGGACUUGCGUCGUACUUUUCCACGAACUGAUGGACUCGCGGGACGAUCGGAUCCCCGACGCGUCGGAGAUCGCGUCAAAGAGGACAUGAGGAAAAGGGAAAAGAGGCGUUCGCCGGAAAGCGCGCGAGCACUUCAAGCGUGUCCAACAUUCCAAGAGUCUAAUCGGUGCGUGAUUUCGCGCCUGCGAAACGCAGCGCAAUGUAAUUCCCUUCUCGUCGGGGCGAUGCGUUGUGUCGGUCGAAUAUCAAAGAGGCGCGAGAAAAUGUUUUUACGAAGGUGACGAGGGAACGGAUGAAGCGAGGAAGGGAAGUAAAUAUGCCGCGAACUACUCGCGUGGAUUCUC